AUGGAAGAUAAUAACGACAACAGUUCUCCUCAAGUAAUUAUGGAGGUUGAUUCUUCAGAAAAAUUACACACAUCAGAAAUAAAGAUUGCGACAAGCACUCCACCAUCAUCUUCAAAAGGUACGGCUAAAAAAUCAAAAUGGGAAUCAGAAAGUGAAGAGUCAGAAAGUGAACAACAACGUAGAAUAGUAACUAAAAAGAAACGUGUCAAAAGAACAAUUAGGACGACAAUUGAUUCAGAAGGAGACGACUAUAGCUCACAUACUGAUGCCACUACAUCCUCGCCAAAGCCUGUCCCUUUACCUCAAAAUGUUGUGGAAAAAAUCAUCACUCCACCACCUGCACUUGCUGGAUGUAGGAGUGUUGAUAAUUAUGAAAAGCUAAAUAGAAUUGAAGAAGGUGCUUAUGGUGUUGUUUUCCGUGCUAAAGAUAAGGCCACUGGUGAAAUAGUUGCAUUAAAAAAAUUAAAAUUAGAUAAGGAGAAGAAUGGAUUUCCUAUUACAUCUUUGAGAGAAAUACAUACAUUACUUUUAGCUAAACAUCCAAAUAUUGUGAAUGUCAGGGAAAUUGUUGUUGGUGAUACAUUAACACAAAUUUUUAUAGUGAUGGACUUUGUAGAACAUGAUCUUAAAAGUUUAAUGGAAGAUAUGCAAAGUCCUUUUUUACAAUCAGAGGUUAAAACAAUAAUGCUUCAAUUAUUAUCUGCUGUGGCAAUGUUACAUGAUAAUUGGAUUAUCCAUCGUGAUUUGAAGACUUCAAAUUUAUUAUUAAAUAAUCGUGGUCAAAUUAAAGUGGCUGACUUUGGUUUGGCAAGAAAAUAUGGAAGCCCGCUAGGUCCUAUGACUCAACUUGUUGUGACACUCUGGUAUCGAGCACCAGAAUUAUUACUAGGAACAAAAAAAUACUCUACUGCUGUGGAUAUGUGGUCAGUUGGAUGUAUUUUUGGUGAAUUGGUUAAUAAAGAGCCAUUGUUGCCAGGAAGAAGAAUGCCUAAUGAAAAGAUAUGGCCAGGAUUUUCAAAGUUGCCACAUGCAAAAAAUAUCACAUAUGUAAAACAAUCAAAUGAUUCAUUACGUACUAGAUUUCCAUAUUUAACAGAAAAUGGUAUAGAUUUAUUAUCAAAAUUAUUAACCUAUGACCCAGUCAAAAGAAUUACAGCAGAUGAGGCUUUAAAACAUUCAUAUUUCAUGGAAAGUCCAUUGCCCAAAGAUCCAGAAUUGUUUCCCACUUGGCCAUCUAAAGGUGGUGGCGAACGUCCAUCUGCACCAAAUGUUGCUCAUGGGAUUGGAGAAAUGGAUGAAGAGGAACAAGCAAUGUUGGGAUCAAUAUUUGAAAAUCAAAGUGGAAAUGAUUAUGGAUUCCGUCUAAAGAUUUAA